AUGACGGAGAACAAAUCUCGUUGGGCCUACUCGGCGCUCUGCCUCGCAAGCUUCCUACUCCUUCCGGUCAUGCGGUGUAGCCCGCCGGAAGACCCGAUAAAGUGUUCAUCAGGCACGACCAACUGCAGCAUCGCCAACUCCUACGCCACAUACCCCGACCGUUCCACAUGCCGCGCCGCCAGGGCCGUCUUCCCGGAGACCGAGAACGAGCUCCUCGCCGUCGUUGCUGAGGCUGCGCGAACGGGGACUAAGAUGAAGGCGGCGACGCGGUACGCGCACAGCAUACCUAAGCUGUCCUGUCCAGACGGCGACAACGGCCUCAUCAUAAGCACGAAAAGCCUGAACCGCGUCGUGAGCGUCAACGCCUCAGCGUUACUGCUCACGGUAGAAAGCGGGAUGAUUCUCCGCGAGCUGAUCAAGGUCGCCGGUGACGCCGGACUCGCGCUUCCAUACUCGCCCUAUUGGGCCGGCGUGACGGUCGGCGGCAUGCUCGGCACCGGCGCGCAUGGCAGCUCGUUAUGGGGUAAAGGCAGCGCGGUGCAUGAUUAUGUCGUGGGUGUCAGGAUCGUGACGCCAGCUUCGCCGGCCGAAGGUUAUGCGAGGGUGCGCUCGCUCGGGGCAGACCACCCUGACUUGAAUGCUGUCAAGGUCUCACUUGGAGUGCUCGGCAUUAUUUCGCAGGUCACAUUUAAGCUGCAGCCGCUGUUCAAGCGAUCGAUCACAUAUGAGAGUCGCGGAGACGGAGAUCUUGCGGAAGCCGCGGUGAAGUUCGGGAAACAGUACGAGUUCGCGGACAUUACGUGGUAUGUAGGCAGAGGGAAAGCCUUGUACCGUAAGGAUAGUCGGGUUUCCUUAAACGAUCUGGGCGACGGGCAAUACGACUUCAUGGGCUUCCGUUCUACCGCAAGAGCUGGAUUGGCCAUUGACAGAGUCACUGAGGAUGCCAUGGAGGCUCUCGGCGACGCUGCGGGUAAAUGCGCAGCCGCGACGGUUAUUACCUCCGCACUGUCGCUUGCCGCCUACGGCCUCACCAACGACGGGUCGCUCUUCAAGGGCUACCCCGUAAUAGGCUUUCAGCACCACCUGCAAGCUUCCGGCAGCUGCUUGAACUCGCCGGAGGAUGGCCUUCUCACGUCCUGCCCGUGGGAUCCCCGCAUCACGGGCAAGUUCUUCUAUCAAUCUGCUUUUACCAUCCCGCUCUCCAAAGUCAGAGACUUCAUCCUCGAAGUCCAAAAGAUUCGAGACCUCCACCCCGACGCGCUCUGCAGCAUUGACAUCAACAAUGGCAUUCUGAUGCGCUACGUCAAGGCUUCCACCGCCUACCUCGGCAAGGAAGAGGACGGCGUCGACUUCGACAUUACGUACUAUCGCAGCCGCGAUCCUUUGAGGCCGAGGCUUUACGAGGAUUUGCUGGAGGAGAUUGAGCAGAUGGCUUUAUUCAAGUACGGGGCGCUUCCGCACUGGGGAAAGAACAGGAACGUGGCAUUUGAUGGAGCUAUUGGUAAGUAUUCCAGGGUUGAGGAGUUUAUGAGGGUGAAAGAUGAGUUCGAUCCGGCGGGGCUGUUCUCCGCCGAAUGGACGGAUCAGGUGCUUGGCAUCGAGGGGAAGACGACGAGUUUGGUGAAGGAUGGCUGCGCUUUGGAAGGGCUCUGCGUUUGUUCUGAGGACCGACACUGUGCACCGGAGAUGGGCUAUCUCUGCCGGCCUGGCAAGGUGUAUAAGGAUGCCAGGGUUUGCAGCCACGUAGCCAAAAAUUAG